AUGGCUGUAAAACGUACUGUCGUCCCCAGCAACAACAAGGAUCACUUGAGUCUCAAAAUCGCCAAGGUGCAAAUUGAGAAAAGCAUCACAGUCCCUCAUUCUCCCACAUCAGUUGGCAGUUCUUCUGUUGCACCGGGCAUCAUCAUCGACAACCUGUAA